AUGGCGUCCCACGAGAAAUCCGAUCCCGUCAAGAGCCUUCGGGACCUUGCAGCAUCAAAGACAGUGGAGGAGCUGGUCAAAUUCGACAACCCGACCAUGGAAUUGUUUCAGCUGGACGAACACGUGCAAAAACUCAUCUUCACCCGAUUCCUCAGCAAGUACGCCCUCCUCGAAAAGGAAAACAAGCAGCUCCGUGUCAACGCACGGCUGACACCGUACAUCGAUUGGCAAUUGUACACCCAAUCCCACGGCAUCAUCCCCGACCCGGAGGAGAUGAUCGAUCCGCAGAGCCACGAGUUAGAGACGAACGGCUUUGUCCUGAGUGCCAAGUUCGCCGAGCAAUGGCGCCAUGCUACAGAAGCGGAACGGAAUGGAUCGCCGGAAGAGACGCGCGAGCACGGCCUGUGCCCGGCCGUCUUCGAACCCUUAGACCUCUGGAGCCACGGAGUCGGAGGUGAGCUCGCGAUAUGCGGGUUUUCAUCCGUCGAGAGUAAUGAGUAUAUGGAGGAAGUGACUCCUUGUGGCCAAGGCUACUCAACCUUCGAACAUAAGCCUCUCAGCAGGAGAAUCUCAUCCCAGUUGCUCUACUACCGCUUGACGGUGAUGUUCGGCAUGCCUCCACCACAACCGAUGGGUGAGUGGUUGUUCCCCUGGCAGGUUAUGCUCCAGCAUAGAGAUGGAAAGAGUCUGCUGGAUUUGAACGACUCGGACGGUCAAUCGUUUGAAUCGUUUUCGGGCACCAAGGAGGCAAAGGAAGAUGCUGUGGAGUUGCUUAGAUUCUUGACCAGUUUGAAAUGCCCGCAUCCAGAUGGACUGGUCGCUGGGACUUCCUGA